GAAUUAGUAUCUGAUCUAUCUUUGUAUCUGUCGGUUGGUUGGUUGGCUGGUUAGCUAGCAACUCGCAGUUGUGUUCCGGUCAGUUUUAGUCGUGCGUUGACGCUGUUGAACAAACGCGAGUGAGAUCGUGCUUGUGAGUGAAUUAGUUAGAGGCGUGCAGCGAUAAUCUUAUAACCAAAUAACUAAAAAAUAAUAUUUGUAAUAAAAAUUGUUAAUCCACAGAAGUGUAGUCGAGCAAACAACAGCUGGGCAACUGGAUAACUGCGCGUAAAAUUCAUACUGAUUCACACAACGAGUGUAGCUAAAAAAAUAUUGAAAAUUUAAACUUCCAGCAGCUAUAUAUUAUUAACAAUAGCAACAACAAGCAUUGCUUACACUACAACAAAUAAGAAAAAAAUAACAACAACAACAGCGUAACCGAUUGUGCAGAAAAUUAUCAACCGGUGGUGAACGCGCCACGGAAAAAUAUACAAAUAAGUUCAAACCUGUCGAGCCCCAUCAGAAGUUAUUUACCUCACACCCAUCCAGAGCAAAACAAUGUUUGUGCCGUGUUCAGUGCGCUGAGGAAAGGUACGGAAAAAGCCAAAAGAAAAAAAAACACGGACUUUCUUGCGGACAAAUUAAACCAGCCACUUAGCGUGUUUAAGUGUUAUUUAAGCAAAUCAUUUAAAGUUUGCAUUACUCCCAUCCAAAUCAACAGAGAAAAUACCCAACAACAUAUACAAAACAAAGAUACUCACCACGCAUUCAACACUACUCCACACCGUCAUCAAAAUACCCCAAUACACAGAGUGACAUAAAAGAUGGGCAAAGAUUAUUAUAAAAUAUUGGGUCUGCCGAAGACUGCCACCGAUGAAGAGAUCAAAAAGGCCUACAGAAAAUUAGCGUUACGUUAUCAUCCGGAUAAAAAUAAAGCCGCAAAUGCAGAGGACAAAUUCAAAGAGGUCGCCGAGGCUUACGAGGUGCUUUCCGAUAAGAACAAACGGGAAGUGUACGACAAAUAUGGUGAAGAGGGUUUGAAGAGUGGAGGUACUCGCAAUGGCACCGGCGGCGGUAAAACGUGCACAUAUCAGUUCCAUGGUGAUCCGCGGGCAACCUUUGCUCAAUUCUUCGGCUCCAGUAAUCCGUUUGCCUCUUUCUUUGAUAUGGGCGAUAAUCUAUUCGAUAAGAAUGUGUUCGAUUUGGACACCGAACAUGAUUUCUUCUCAUCCCCGUUUGGAGGUUUGGGGUCACGGCAUGGGCUCGGGAGUGGGUUCAGACCUUCGUUUAGGUCACAUUCGUUCAACGUGCAUACCCCAUUCAAAAAAGAGAAACAACAAGAUCCCCCCGUCGAACAUGAUCUCUACGCGACACUAGAAGAAAUCUACCAUGGUUGUGUGAAAAAGAUGAAAAUAUCAAGGCGAGUGGAACAGCCGGAUGGAUCGACAAAGAAAGAGGACAAAUAUGUGAGCAUAUCGAUUAAACCCGGCUGGAAAUCCGGUACGAAGGUAACAUUUCAAAAGGAAGGCGAUCAAGCACCCGGCAAGAUACCAGCGGAUAUUGUUUUCAUCAUUAGGGAUAAGCCACAUGCGAUGUUUAAGCGAGAAGGUAGUGAUAUGCGGUACACGGCGCGCUUAACGCUCAAGCAGGCCUUAUGCGGUGUGGUCUUCCAAGUUCCUACAAUGUCCGGUGAUAAGUUGCGUAUCAGCACCAUGCAGGAGAUUAUCAAACCGAAUACGGUGAAGCGUAUACAAGGCUAUGGUUUGCCCUUCCCCAAGGAUCCAACGCGGAAAGGUGAUCUACUGGUGGCGUUCGAUAUACAAUUCCCGGAGAAGUUGACUGCCGCGCAAAAGGAAUUGCUCAGGGAUAUGUUAUGAUGAGAGUAAAAAAACACAAAAAAAAAACAACUACAUCAACAAUAACAACAGUAGUAGCAUAGGAAGCUGUAGCAUCGGCAGAAAAGGGGCACAGAGAGAUGAGUAGAAUAUGCGGGCAAUUAUGGCUAUAACCAGCAAAUGAAGAAUUAACAGAAAACAAUAGAAAUAAGUCAACAUAGAAUGAGCUGCAGCUGUCGAAAAGUUUGAAAAGUUUUCAGAGCCGUUCAUGCCGUUGUUGUGCCGAUGAACUACAUAAGCAGCAAAAAAGAAUUAUGCAUUAAUAUUCUUUGAUUCGGAUGAUUUUGGAUGAUAUUCUUUUGCCCUCCACAAAUCGUUAACGGCUUUGCUUGUAACUGAUCACCGACAUUUCGCGCUUCUCUCUCUCUCUCUUUUUCUCUGUCUUGCGCUCUCGUUCUAUCAAACAACACACUUUUUCUUCACUCUCUACAUAUUUUGUUUGUGACAAAUUACUUUUAUUUUCUAGACUUUAUUUAAUUAAAAUGAAAAAAAAAAAUUUCUGUGUAAAACAACUAAAAUUAUAUUAAAUGAUACGUCUCUACGUCCUCUUUAUAUUUUAAUUUUUAUUUUUUUAAAUAACAUUAAAUUAUUUAAAAAACACUAAAA